UUAUUAUGAAGGUAAUAAUGAACAGGAAUUCAUCACUGGAAGAAAUAAUAUAAAUUCUAAAAGGUUAUUAAUUCUAGAGGGAGUAUUAUUUCAAAUUCAACGGUGGAUUUGAGGUUAUGCUUAUGAUCUGCACUUGUUGUUAUCAGGUUAAUGAUAGCCCUAUUGAGUGUCAUGCCUUGAUAUUGUUUUUGUGUCCUUAUGAUUAGAUCCUCUUGAACUUGAUGAUAGAAUCUUUGUUUUAUAUGGUCUCCUGAGAUCUGGGUCGUUUUCGACAAUUGUCCUCAGAAAUUCUGUGUAGAAACUUUGAUUAAAUGACGAUUGACAACGGCGUCAUAGUCAUUUCUCUAUCCAACCAUAUUUUCUUUUGCAUUCUUUCUCAGAUCCAUUCAACCCACCCCCACCCAUUUGUUUGGAUCAUAAAUAUCACUAAUGGCCUGGACGGAUUUGUUUUAACUGUUUCUCUAUAAUAGUUUUAUCCCAAAUCUUGCUAGCACUUGCAACCUAUGUAAGUUCCGAUUUAUAAUAUUACGUGUCACACUAAUCUUUGUUUUUAGUUUAAAUAUUAUAUGGGAUAUAAAAGCUAACAAGCUGCAGAGCAGAAGCAAGAACAACUGAGAACAUAAUAUCAAGAUGAAAAUUAUUGUACUAUUGAAUGAUUAAACUGUUACAUGAACUUCUUAUUUGAAAGGUACAUGUAAAUAUAAUAUGAUGUUUAUGAACAGGAAUUCUUCACUAGGAACAACAAUCUGAAGUUUAAAAUCUUAUAAAUCACAUGUGAUUGAGCAUAAUUCUGGAGGGAUUGUCAUCCCAAAUUCAAUGGUGUAUUUGAGGUUAUGAUUAUGAGCUGUACUUGAUUUUAAUGAUGACCCUGUUGAGUCUCAUGCCUUGAUCCUGUUUUCGGGCUCUUCUGAUGUUAUUCACGAAUUCUGAUUUGAUCCUCUUGAACUUGAUGAGAGAAUCUAUACACAUAUAGAUUGGUAUCUUUGUUUAUUAAUGCUUUGUUGACUUUCUUGGUCAUAAAUAUCAAGAUUUGGGUCGUUUUCGUCAUUUGUUCGAGAAAUUCUGUGUUGAAACUUUGAUACAAUAAUUGACAAAGGUGUCAUAGUCAUUUCUUUUGCUUUCUUUCUCAGAUCUAUUCCACUCACCCCUACCCAUUUGUUUGGAUACUUGGAUCAUAAAGAUCCCUAAAAGCUUGGAUGGAUUCGUUAUAGCCGUUUCUCUAAAACUGUUUUCUCCCCAAUCUUGCCAGCACUCGCAACUUACGUAAGCCAUGUUUUCUAAUAUUUCAAGCUAUGUUGUCAAAGGCGCUCUCUUAGGGUGCCUAGGUUCUGAAGCAUAACCCAGCGCACCAUAUGCGGCGUGGUGUCAGGCAAAGAGGCAAAGAUGGUUAAAAAAACCCUAUAUAAGGGCUAGAAUCAACCAAAAUAAUCAUGAAAUCAACCUAAAACAUCCUAAGUAGCCCUAAAGAAGCCUAAAACUUGUCUAAAACCCCUAAAAUGGUAUCUUAUACUAUGCGUCUAGCUUAAAAACCCUCGCUUUUUUACCGCCUGGCCCCUAGGCCUAUUCACCUUGAGUGCGCCUAUGCGCCUUGACAACAUAGAUAAAAAGUAUCACUUUUUGGGUUGUACUAAUCUUUGUGUUUAGCUUAAAUAUGUUAUGCCAUACAAAUGUUAACACGAUGCAGAGCAGAAGCAAGAACAACCGAGAAAAUAAUAUCAAGAUGAAAAUUGAUGUACAAUUGAAUUAUAAACCAUUACAUGAAGCACUUAAUAUUUGAAAGGUAAAAGAAGAAAUUGAAUUGUCAUGUCAAAAUCAAGCGAUCCAUGUCAUGCCUAGGCACAACAAUAUUGUACCAAGAAACUUAGAGUUAAGGAUUUCAAACAUCAGUUCCCCUUUGUACACUGGUGACCAAAUAAAAGACAUAGGCGGCAUGCCUGUUACAGUGACCUUAAUUGACAGUUGUACAAAGGAAGAAGUGAACUCAGGGCCUGAAGCUUCAGGAAAAGUGGAAAUAGUAGUUAUUGAAGCAGAAGUUGAGGAUUCAAGAAAUGUAUUUGAGUGCAAACUUGUUUGCCGCAUAGAAGGAAAAAAAGUUACACAUGUGAAUAGUUUACCCUUGAAGCUUAUGAAUGGUACUGCUGUUUUCCCUAAGGUUUCUUUUUCACAUAACAGCACGUGGAUGAAAAAUUCCAAAGUUAGGCUACAAGUGAGGUUUGUGGACAAUUUUGAUGGGGUUCAUGUUAAAGCAGCACAAACAGAACCCUUUAUGCUCAGCGAUCGGCGCAAUGAAGCAAAUGCGAAGCAUCCUAUCCCUUCUCUAGAUGACGAUGUAUGGCGGUUAUAUAAUAUUAAAAAGAAGGGUACUUUGGCUGAAUGCUUGAUCAACGCAAAGAUCAAAACCGUGGGAGAUUUUAUUGUGCAAUUAUUUCUACAUCCUCAAUGUCUAAAGGAGAUAUUUGAUGCUGCGAAGCUCGGAAAAAAGUUUAACAAAACUGUGGAACAUGCUCGAAAAUGUCCUGCUAUACUCAAGUACAGUUGUAGUUUUCACCAAAACACUGAGGUUAUUUUCAAUGUCUCGGGUGAAGUGUUGGGAUUGUACCAGGGGGAUUCGUUUCUUUCUACCGAAAAGGAAGUCGCCAAGAAGCUUGUAGUUACUGCAUUCAAGAACUGGCCGGAUGUAACUCACAUUAAUAAGGACCAAGUCGUUGCACGUUGCAUUCAUUUACUUGACAAAAACAUGCUUCAUGACGAAGAAGAUCCAAACCCACAAUUCUUACCCGAAUUUUCAAGUACCCGUUAUGAUGAGUUUUACCACGGGUUCGAAGCUCAAUGUACUACUUCCAUUCAACUUGAACCAGAGAAAAACGGAUAUUGUAAAAUAUGGAGGAAGCUGGUUUGUGUUGUAACAUUCACCAGAAGAAGUUUGGAUGAUUUGCAUGCUCACAAGAAACGAAAAUUAGCAUAGUGCACUGUAGCAGUAGAUUUCCAGGAGUUAAGUGUGCAUGAUAUCUGUAUAUAUUUAGGGUAUGUUUGUUAUCUGUAUAUGGAGAACUCUGUGGAGUAGUGAAUGAAAUGAAUAACUGUUGAUUGUU